AUGACUGAUGCAGAGGCGUCAUCAAAUGGAAGCGCAGAGUCAUCCACCGUUGCCCAACCUGAAGGUGCUUCUUCUGAGAAGGAAACUCACAUGACAGGAAUCUAUGACUUGGUCUCAGUGUUGACCCACAAGAGAAGGAGUGCAACUCUGGAUAAAGUGAGGGACUGCCCUAGGAUUAGCCCUAGGAUUCUUCGACAUCUUCUCAUAUCUGCUCUGAAGAAACCAGUUUAUUACCAAUCAAUGGGUGAUGGAAGCAUCAAUGGCGUCAUUCUCCAUCUUGACUUCAAGGAAAAAAAAUACAUUUCCAUCAAAGCCUCCAAGAUUAAACUGAGACUUUGUCUUUCAUGGAAACUGUUCUCUCUACACAUAGAAGAGUUGCAUCUUAGCACUCCAGAGCUGAAAAUCUCCAUCAGGGAGGUGAAGGGAGAGAGAAAUUGGAUUAGGAGGCCAUUUGUGCUCAAGCUUCAACUGAAAUCUUUCAAUGCUCAUUUGAAACAAGGGGAUGUGAAGUUAUCACUUCUUGGAGCUAUAAUUUUUAUUGAAGCUGGAUCAUCAUAUAUGAUGGUAUUACCUAAAGAACUGAAGGUGCAAACAGGGAGAGUUUUAUUGACUUUUGAUGAUGGGCUAUUGGAAAGUGAGGUUACCAACGAAACUCAAACUAGUAUGGCUUUGGCUUCAUUGAUGGAGAGGUAUGUUUGUUUCCUUCCUUCAAAGAUCACAAUGGAGCUGCCAACAUUGGUCAUUCAAGCUACAAACAGGAAAUACAGCUUGCUGCAGCAAUCUAGCUCCAUCGAUAUCAAAUUCAAAGAGAUAGAAUUUGGAAUAUCUUCCUUGAUAUUCCAAAUCAUCAAGGAAUAUUUGAGCAACAACAACGCAGCUGCUUCAAAUCCUCUCAAGGUUUCUUUGAGCAUUGAGAAACUAGCGUCCAAACUCAUUCUACAAGGCAACCAAACUCUAGUUAUAGAGGCUACAGAAUUGUUUUAUGAGCUGGACCAUCCUGCCAUUCAGCUCAACAUCAAGACUGUUUCAGUGACAGAUACGGCAAGUUCAGAGACGAUCCUUUCUUCUUGGCUUAGCUUCCUUCUUCCAAUAUGA